GGUUUACGACCGCUAUAUCGUCGAUAUCGAACCGUCAGUGAACCGAAUGCAACCAGUGAUACUGCUCAGGCGCCUUCAUCAGACCCCAGCGGUGGUGGUGAUGGAACACGUCAACGACAAGGUGGUCGCCGACCCAGAGGAUUCCGUCGACGUGGCGGUGGCGGUGGCGGUCGUGUCAGAUCAAAUCAAAAUGAUUCACGCGCUACUGAAGAUGGUCAAGAGAACGAUUCUCCCAAAACAAAUGGUGCUGCUACGGACGGCGAAGGUCGAUCUGCUAACGAAGGUGGUGCGCAAGGCGAUUCGCCAAAUCGUGCAGUCCCUCGCCAGCGACGUCGUCCACAGCGUCGAGGAGUUCGUCAUCGUAGCGCACCAACAGAAGGCGAAACUACUGCUGGCGAAUCACAAGGUGAUGGUGGGGAGACUUCGGGCGAAGCACAAGGUCAUGUGCACCCUCGGGAUUUGCGAAAUCAAGGGCGGCCUUUCAGACGUCCCUUCCGUGUUCGAGGCGGGAGUUUCCGUUAUGUAAAUGGAUACUCAAAUGUUUCUGGUAAAUAUGGUGAGCAGAAUGACUCUGCCGGUCACGGCCCGCGCCAGAAUCAGUUCAACGGGAGGAACGGGUAUGAUCGAAAUGGUGGAAUGCCGCGUCGACGGGGUUACGGCUAUCGUGGUACUCGACGCCGGCGACCCGAUCAAGAAGGACGGGUCACAAAUGGAGAUCAUUCGGUGGAUGAGGAACAAACCGGGGUGAAGAAUGCCCCGAUUUCGCAAGACGCUAAUGGGCAAUUGACCAAGCAGAUAGAACAAAUGGAUCUAAAUGGUGCAGCUCCACCCGUGUCUGUGCCUGAGAAAGCGGAACCAAAUGUGGGGACUGAUGCCGCGGGAAAGUAG